AUGGCAAAUCAAUUAAUUUUGCCUGUGCUGCUCUUGGGGAUGAUAAGACCCCUUUACCCAAUUGCUGGAACGAAAAGCCCUCUUAUAGAUGAUGGAAGUUCUCCUCAAAUUCUCCUCGAACGACCUUUUGUUUACUUCGGACAGCCGCAUAAUCAGAUUUAUGUGAACCAUAACGGACACCUGACCUUUAACAGUCCAUGGUCUAGUUACACAGCUGAAAGGUUUCCAAUGCAUGGAUCCAGAGAUGUUAUUGCUCCAUUCUGGACAGAUUUAGACAACAGAGAAAAUGGUCAGAUCUACUAUAACCAAUACACCAGUGGACAUGUUCUCCAACAAGCUACACAAGAUAUUAAUACAUACUUCCCAUGGUUGAACUUCAAUGCCAACUGGGUCUUUGUUGCAACAUGGUAUGAGGUGGGCUACUAUCCAAAUUCAGGAACGGCUGGAUAUGACACAAUACAGUCUCCACACCAUUUCACAAUUCCUGGAUCAUUCUCUAGCAAUGCAACAGGCAGUAACUCAAAUUUCCGCCUGAGCAGCAAUGUCAAUGUAGCUGGUCGCUGGGCUUUCCGAACAGAUCAUGGAACAAGAGGCUGCGUUCUCUCUGAGCAAUGUGGUCAAGGGCUGCCCUACUAUAGAGUAGAGGGCAAGAAUGAGCACAGAGGCAGCACUCGAGUUUCCUGGACACGACUGGUCAAAGUGUAUGUCUAUAAUGAAACCAUUGAGCUUGUCAAGGGACGUCGUGGCGAGGCCAAGGUUAAUGGAAGCUUUGCAGCCACUCCGAUCUAUCUCAACAAUGGCACUGUCCAAGUUUAUGAGUCAGGUUUUUCUGUGAUCAUCAGUACUGACUUUGGCUUGGAGGUAUCUUAUGACGCAUAUUCUCAUGUCAGGAUCAGUGUUCCCUACACUUACCAGAAUGCAACAUGUGGCCUGUGUGGAAAUUUCAACAAUAUUCGUAGGGAUGACUUCCGAACCCGCCAAGGUGAGGUUGUGGGCUCCGAUGUUGUUUUUGCCAACAGCUGGAAAGCGCCAGGGGAUGAUGAACCUGGUUGUGAUGUCCGAUGUGGAGGUUUGAGCUGUGCUGCCUGCACUGGGGAUCAGACAGCUUUAUACAGUGACAAUGCCCAUUGUGGUAUCCUUCAGAGUGAAUCUGGACCUUUUGCUGCUUGCCAUCAACGACUUCCCCCAGAGGCAUUUGUGCAAAGCUGUGUGUUUGAUCUGUGUGUAGCAGGAGGGUAUCAACCCAUUCUGUGCCAAGCCCUAAAUGCGUAUGCCAGUCAAUGUCAACAGAAUGGUAUACAGCUGCCAAGCUGGAGGAGACAGGGUUUCUGUGAAAUCCCUUGUCCAUCCAACAGCCACUUUGAAUCCCAAGGCACAGGAUGUCCUGCUACCUGUGUCAACCCCAAUUCUACACAGGACUGUCCUCUUCCAGCCCAGGAGAGCUGCAUCUGCAAUUCAGGCUACGUCCUUAGUGCUGGGGUCUGUGUCCCUCAUUCCGAGUGUGGCUGCAGAUUUGAGGGUCGCUACUACCGCUCUGGAGAAACUGUAAUACCAGACGGGGAUUGUAGGAGACGUUGUAGCUGCAGUUAUGGCUCCAUGACCUGUCGCUCUCAUGGAUGUGACCCACUAGAGUCUUGCAAGGUGGUGGAUGGAAAAAGAGGAUGCAGACCUAACAGCUAUGCAACAUGCUGGAUAAGGGGCCCAGGGUCAUAUCACACAUUUGAUGGACUGACAUACCAGUAUCCUGGUGCAUGUCGUUUGAUCCUUGCCAGAGUGAUGGGAUUGUCUAGUCACCCGCACUUUAUGUUGACAGCAGAAAAAGUACCCAGAGGCCAGCAGGGUUUUUCCAGGGUGCUAAAGUUUCAGGCAGAGGGAACUCAAGUCUCCAUUGAGAUGACAGGUAGCAACAAGGUUCGGGUUGAUGGUCAACAGAUCAGACUACCAUUCAGCUCAGCGUCCAACCGAAUCCAAAUCUACCACAGCAGCAUUCACAGUAUCAUCCUACGCACUGCAUUUGGUGUAACUGUGCAAACAGUUUGGCCUCACUAUGUGCAUAUCACUGCACCUGGUAUCUACAAUGGCUCACUAGGUGGACUCUGUGGUAAUUACAAUGGUCAUCCACAUGAUGACUUCCGCACACCCAAUGGCAUCCUGGUCAACAGCUCUCAGGUCUUUGGGGACAGUUGGCGAGAUGGCUCCCUUGCAGCACACUGCUCAGACCAUGUAAAUCAGAAUUCUACAACCAAUUACAAUUCAAGCGAGUACUGUGAACAAAACUGCCCUCCAAACAGCCAUUAUGAACUUUGUGGAAGCUCUUGCCCUUCCGCCUGCCCCAGCCUCUCUUUCCCCUUCACCUGUGACACUGUGUGCCAGGAUGGGUGUCAGUGUGAUGAUGGUUUUGUCCUCAAUGGCAACCAGUGUGUGCCACCAACAGCCUGCGGAUGUUAUCACCAAGGACAGUCUCGGCGAGGGGGUGAACAGUUCUGGGAUGGUGAGGAAUGUCAGAACUUGUGUACAUGUAAUGGCACCACUGCGGCAGUCGACUGUAUCCGCAGCUCCUGUGGUCCCCAGGAGUCCUGCCGUGUGGUAGAGGGCGAGUUUGGCUGUCAUCCCAACCCCCAUGGCACCUGUUCUGCCUCUGGUGACCCCCACUACCUCACCUUUGAUGGAAAGGCCUAUGACUUUCAGGGAACCUGCCGCUACGUUCUGGCAACUCUUUGUAAUGCCACUGACAAUCUCCCUCAGUUUUCAGUGGAAGCUAAGAAUGAGCCUUGGCGCGGGUUGUCAGUUUCAAUCACAGCAGAGGUUUUUGUGAAUGUGUUGGGCUAUCAAGUCCGUAUGUCAAGGAACAGCCAUGGUAUGGUAGAGGUAAAUGGACUAACUAGAAAUGUUCCAGUUCUUUUGAACGGAGGUCGUGUGUCUAUCUAUGCAAGUGGAUUUCGCAUAUUUGUCAGUGCUGAUUUUGGCCUGAGUGUCAUGUACGAUGGAUCGAGCACAGUGUCUGUCUCUGUGCCUUCAAAUUACAGAGGAAAAACAUGUGGACUUUGUGGAAACUUUGAUGGAAAUCCAAAUGAUGACUUCCACACCCCAACUGGAAUUAUUGUCACCAAUCCAGAUGAGUUUGGGAAAUCUUGGAAGGUGGCAGGCAACUAUACCUGCAGUGAUGGGUGUGGGUCCUCCUGCCCACGAUGUACCAAUGUUCUGCCUGCUAGAGCCCAAUGUGCAGUGAUUCAAGCAGCUGAUGGCCCCUUAAGCUUCUGCUAUGAGCAGGUGGACCCAGCACCAUAUUUUAAUGACUGUGUGUUUGAUGUUUGUGUCCAUUAUGAGCUUUGUGGUACAGACUGUGGCCAUACCUGUGCCAGCAGCAUUGAUGUUUCCUGCACAGAGCAGGUUUGCUUUGAGGGAUGUUUCUGUGACGAAGGUUUCGCCAAGAGUGGGACAACUUGUGUCCCUGUGGAAACCUGUGGCUGCCAAUAUGAUGGCUUUUACUAUCAUGCUGGUGAGUCGUUCUGGACAGAUGGUUGCUCUCAGCGAUGUGAGUGCCAUGGUCCCAAUGACCUGCGCUGUUCUGCUGCAUCUUGCACUCCUUUACAAAAGUGCACCAUCCGAGAUGGCCAACUGGGUUGUUAUGAUGCAAUGUCUACCUGCACUGUGUGGGGUGACCCACACUACGUCACCUUUGAUGGGGAAGUGGCUCAUUUCCAGGGUACAUGCUCUUACAUCAUUGCUGAGAGUGUGAACCACCACGCCAAUGAAACCCAGUUUCAUGUAACAGCCACCAACAAUCAUCGAGGCAACAACCGUGUGUCGUUUGUAUCAGCAGUGGAUAUAUACCUUUCAAAUCAGCCACAGAGUGCACACAUCAGGAUUGGACCCAACAAAAGAGUAAAGGUAAAUGGAAGUGCGAAAUCUCUUCCCACCACUGCAGGAACCUUAGCUCAGUCCAGUUUGAUGGCCGGAGCACUUUAUUGGUCAGAGUAGGCCCAAACCAUCAAAACAGAAUCAAAGGGAUGUGUGGAAACUUCAACAAACCCUGCAGAUGACAAAGUCUUACCCAAUGGCACGUCGGCACAUAAUGACAACGAAUUUGGACACAGCUGGAAGGCACCCACAAGCCAACCAGGAUGUGGAUCCACAGACGAAAGGAGUGGUGGUGGAUUGAAUGACUGUCGCUUUAUAGAAGAAUACUCUGAGCUCUGUAGUGUCAUCACCAACACUAGUGGUCCAUUCAGUUCCUGUCACCUGCACUCUGACCCCCAGCCAUUUUUCACUUCCUGUGUCUACGAUCUCUGCCUCUACACUCCGGCUAAUGGCAUGCUGUGCUCUGCUGUGGCAGCCUAUGAGAGAACCUGCUCUGUUUUAGGGCUGAACAUCCCGGAGUGGCGCUCAGCUUUGCAAUGCGCUGAGACAGACCCUUGUGAACAGCUGAACUGCACAGAGUAUGAGUGGUGUGGCGAGAAAGACGGUGUUUAUGGCUGCUUCUGUGAUGAGCAUCACCAUCGGCCUAACAAUGAGAGCUACGACUCGUCCAUCACUUGUGUCAGUAGUUCAGGCACCAUGUCGGUGUCACGCUGUCAGCUGUUUGAAGCUGGCUUCCAUCCUAAUGCCCUUCACCUCCGAGAUUACUCCUGCAAAGGGAUUCUCCAGGACGGACGACUAAUCUUCCACUUUGACAAUGACGACCGGCUGUGUGGGACAGCUCUCAUGAGCAAUGGAACCCAUUUCAUCUAUGAGAACACCAUCGAGGGCGACGUGGACCCCCAUGAAGUUCUAAUCAGCCGCCAGAGAAACAUUCAUCUGCGUUUCUGCUGUGAAUACCCUCUGACCCAGGCCCUGUCUAUGGCUGUGGGCAUCAACCCAGUAGAGAGCAUUGUGAGGAAGAAGCUUCCCUCUGGCCAUGGACUGUAUCAUAUGAGAAUGAUCCCCUACCAGGACCCUGGUUUCCGCUUCCCCCUGACCAGUAACAACAACAUAGAAAUGGAAAUUGACCAGAGGAUGUAUGUGGAGGUGCGGACAGAAGGAGUCGAUCAACGGCAGAUUGCCACCAUUUUGGACUCUUGUUGGGCAACGCCAGUCAACGUCCCCAACUACCCUGUCCGCUGGGAUCUCAUUAGUCAAGAGUGUCCUAAUCUAGCAGAUGGUACAGUAGAGCUGGUUCAGAACGGCAUCUCCACUGUGGCCCGAUUUUCAUUCAGGAUGUUCACCUUUAACAACUUUUCAUCCAUCUAUUUGCACUGCCAGGUCCACCUGUGUCUUUUGAGACACAACAACUGCUCCGACCAUUGCUACCCAGAUUAUCACAGGCGUGUUGAGAGGGACGUAUCCUACCAUGCCUCUACAGACAUCUCACUAGGACCACUAGUCAUGAAGCGAGAUGCCACAGACAAGUUGCGCAGGGUGAGGAGCAGUGCUUCAGGCCAGUUGACCUUCACGGUGACCCUGAUAUUCAGUUUGCUGACUAUCAAAACCCUGAUCUAGAGAGAUAAAACAACAAUAAACAGAUAAGAUAUAUAUAUCACAAAUCAAUAAACAUUAAUCAGUCAGUUGUAGCUUAAUCACAGUGCAUAGAUUCAUGAGAUUUAUGAUUUUUUUUUCCAAUCCCUUCUGCUCAUAUCUGGUGUGCUUGCAAACACAUAACAUCAAUGAAAAGAAAAACUGUAAUAGUAAUUUUGUGUGAAAUCUCUCAUUAGAUUACUUGCAUUAACAUUUUGACUGUGUUUCUGUUUGGGAGGUCUUAUCCCAGGAGUUGUGGUCUGUAUUUGGGGUUUGAUGAAAAGUUGAUGUAAUUCUGUUUUACAGCAGUAGGCGGAAGCAGUGUGCAGCAUAGUAAAGCUGAAGUCACAACGCAAAAUGUUCAUUGAUUGUAUCCUCAGUUUAUUUGUGUGAUUCUUAUUAUUAAAUCUCUCACAUCUCU